UAAAUACAACAAUGGCUAUUUCACGACACAUGAAGCUGAAAAGCUGGGCGGGAUUGUUUUUGAUGAUGCUCGUAUUUCUAUUUACGAUCCACUCAACGAUACCAAAGCACACAAUUCAAUUAGAAGCGGAGAAACAGAUAAGUUUUAACAGACUGUCCACAACUCAUCAACAAGUGCUGAAUUCAGCAUUAGCACACAUUCGACUAGGCUAUGUGGCUAACAAGACACCACACUAUUCGACACCACCUUUGCUGGUACUCUAUAGUUUUCAUCAUCAACAAGACAUGACAAAGAAUCUAGAUGACCGACUUCUAGAUAUUACCAGUGCUUAUUUCUUCUCCAUGUUACAACCUGGAUCAGCAUUUGCCUACGACAUGGACUGGCCUGUAAAGUUCGAAUGGUUCUUUUCGUCCCUACCAGAAUAUAUGAGCAUGAAUACAGACCAAGCUAAUUUUUACAAGGAACGCACACAGGCUCACGAAAUAAUGCACCACUUAGAACGCAUGACGGAAGAAGAACUUUCAAAUAAAAAUUUUGCAGAGGAAUAUAAAAAUACCAAGAUUAUCAGCACAAGUGAUUGGCCAUCUACUGGUUGGAUGAGCCUUCGAGAAAAUGGUUAUAUGAAGGCUACACGAGAUCAAUACCGCUUAAACCAUCUCUCCCAAAAAUCCGAUUGGUUCUGGUUAACCAGUCGUUUGUUAUUCUCAAGACCUACAGGGUGGUUUUCACAGCAAUUGGAGCCUUAUAGAGAUAUGAUGGGAGGUAAAUUAGAAUACAGUGAGAAUCUCUCACCAUGGAAUCCAGAAUCCUAUAAAGUCACACCAGAGUUUGCAGCCAAACAAUGGUUACGUAUCGGGCUUCGUGUGACAUUAGAGAGUCAAUGUUUAGUCAACCAUGUGGUGAAUUUGUGCAAGCAAACGAAUAAGAAAUGUCACGUCUUUGUGUCGGCCUCUCAUCGAGACCUGCUUAAGACGGCACGCAACCAAAUGAAAUCUCAUCGUAUUGCUGUUCAUGCUGUGGCUGAAGGUUUUGGAUUUGCCGACCUGAAUGAGGAACCUGAAAAUAAUUUGGAUCACAGCAUAUUUGAUACGGACGAAAACAGGCUGAAAAGAGACUAUGCUCGUACCUUUAUGGAUUGGAUCAUUCUGUCGAGGAUGGACUAUUUAGUGGGCCAAGAAGAAGACGGAUUCUUGAAAACAGCUGCUUGGGCUGCUCAAGUUCAAACUGAUAUCCUUAUUAAAAAUAUGACCGAGUGUCAUAUUAUACCAAUGUCUGACUGGUAAAAUAAAUAGAGUAUAAUUUUUUUAUUUUUUAUUAUUAUUGCGAUUAUUAUUAUUAUUAUUAUUAUUAUUAUUAUUAUUAUUGUUAUAGAGAAUAAGGGGGGAAAAUGCAAAUGCUUGAAAUUUUAUAAUACAAAUGAGCG